UCUUGAUCACGUACACCACAUACACGAUGGACGCUGGUCGCGCCUUCUCCUCUGCAUCCCGCUCGUUAUCGUCCUCGUCCCUGAAGGACAAGCUGUCAAAGGUCUCGAAGCUCAGCACCACUCCUCUGCGACCGGUCGCUGCCCAUGUCAAGAAUAUCGACUUCGUCCCGUCCAAGAUCCCCCGGAAACGGAGGCUGCAGAUGCUCGCUGUUGCAGUAUGGGCGCUCCUGAUACCCAUCACGACGUUUUUGUUCCUCAUACUAUGUUCUUUUCCACCGCUGUGGCCAUUUUUAGCGGCGUAUCUUAUAUGGAUAAGAUGGAUAGACCGGAGUCCUGAGCAUGGCGGGAGGAUAAGUCCGUGGUUCCGCUCGAUGAGGUUCUGGAGAUACUUUGCCGACUACUACCCUGCAUCGUUCUUGAAGGAAUGCGACCUCCCCCCAGACCGACCUUACGUCUUCGGGUAUCACCCUCAUGGCAUCAUUGGCAUGGGUGCCAUGGCCACUUUCGCCACCGAAGCCACUGGAUUCAGCGAACAGUUCCCUGGGCUCACUCCCCACCUGCUCACCCUAGCCACAAAUUUCACCAUGCCCAUAUACAGAGACAUCAUCCUCGCCCUGGGCAUAUGCUCCGUCAGCAAGCAGUCCUGCUCGAACAUCCUCAGCAGCGGCCCCGGGCAGGCUAUCACAAUCGUAGUAGGAGGCGCAGCAGAGAGUCUUAGCGCUCGGCCGGGCACGGCCGACCUCACGCUCAAACGGAGGCUUGGCUUCAUCAAGAUUGCUAUACAACACGGAGCGGCACUGGUCCCUGUAUUUUCUUUCGGCGAGAAUGAUAUUUAUCAACAAAUGCCCAACGAAAAGGGAACCACAAUAUAUGCCCUACAGAAGAAAUUCCAGAGCGUCUUCGGCUUCACGUUGCCCUUGUUCCACGGUCGGGGCAUGCUAAAUUAUAACCUUGGUUUGAUGCCGUAUCGACGGCGGAUCGUGUCUGUCAUCGGUCGGCCCAUAUUAUGCGAGAAGUGCGAGAAGCCAAGCAUGGAGGAGGUUACGCGGGUGCAACAGGAGUACAUCGCAGAGCUGCUCAGAAUAUGGGACACGUACAAAGAUCAAUUUGCUCGGUCGCGGAAGAGAGAACUGAGUAUUAUUGAUUGAUGGCGGAUGCUGACGAGUGCUGCUGUCCUUGUAUACAACAUCUAGAGGCACAUAUCAACACUUGGCCGUAAUAAGGAAAACAAGUUAUAUGACCAGCUAGAGGAUACAGUUCUCACGGGGUGUCGCUCAUAUGUUCAUUUUCCCCC